CUGGACAGCUGGGGGGACCAAAUCUUCAUGUUGUGUGGGACGUCUCAGCUACCUACAGUAGCCAGCAUGUCUUUGGUCCUGCUUUCCACCCUCUGGCUCAUCGUUCAAGCUCAAGCAAUAGCCAUAAAGCCGACUCCUGAACUAGAGCCCUAUGAAGUAGUUCGUCCUAAAAAACUACACAUUUUACACAAAAGAGAGAUACAGAACAACCAGACAGAGAAGCAUGGCAAAGAGGAAAGAUAUGAACCUGAACUUCAGUAUCAGAUGAUAUUAAAUGGAGAAGAAGUCAUUCUUUGCCUACAAAAAGCCAAGCAUCUCCUGGGGCCAGACUACACUGAAACAUAUUACUCACCCAGAGGAGAGAAAAUCACAACAAGCCCUCAGAACAUGGAACACUGCUACUAUAAAGGACACGUCCUAAAUGAAAAGGAUUCUGUUGCCAGUAUUUGUACUUGUGAUGGGUUGAGGGGAUACUUCACACAUCACAAUCAGAGAUACAUGAUAAAGCCUCUGAAAAUCACAGACCAAGAAGAACAUGCUGUCCUCAUAUACAACCAGGAGGAGCUAGACCCAGCUAAUCACACCUGUGGUGUAAGAAAUGUUGGCAGGAAACAGGGCCUUAUUCGAACCUCAAGGUCACUCAAAAGGCCAGAGAAAGACUUUCUUCAGGCUGAGAAAUACAUCGAUCUCUUUUUGGUGCUGGAUAAUGCCUUUUAUAACAUGUAUAAUAGGAAUAUAACUUUGAUAAGAAGUUUUGUGUUUGAUGUGAUAAACCUACUCAAUGUGAUUUAUAAUACCAUAGACAUUCAAGUGGUCUUGACAGGUAUGGAAAUCUGGUCUGAUGGUGAUAAGAUAAAGGUGGUACCCAGCACAAGUGUCACCUUUAACAACUUUCUGAAUUGGCAUCGUUCUAACCUGGGGAAGAUGAAGAUCCAUGACCACGCUCAGCUACUCAGUGGAGUUGGCUUCAGAAAUCGAAUUACAGGACUGGCAGCCUUGAAUUCCUUGUGCUCCCCAUCAUCUGUUGCCGUUAUUGAGGGUAAGAGAAAGAAUAGUGUCUCUCUUGUAGGAGUGAUGGCACAUGAGUUAGGUCAUGUCCUCGGUAUGCCUGAUGUUCCAUAUAACACCAACUGUCUCUCUGGGAGUUGUGUGAUGAAUGAAUAUCUGAGUUCAAAAUUCCCAAAGGAUUUCAGUACAAUCAGUCGCUCACAUUUUAAAAAAUAUAUUUUAUCUCAAAAACCAAGAUGCUUGCUGCAAACAUUGGUUCCUAAAAAUAUGAUGACAAAACCAGUGUGUGGGAACCAACUUCUGGAAGUAGGAGAAGUCUGUGAUUGUGGCUCUCCUGAGGAAUGUGCCAAUCCUUGCUGUGAGGCCAUGACCUGUAUGUUAAAACCUGAAGCUGAUUGUGGAAAAAACAGUAAACCAUAACACAGAAUGAAUCCAAAAAUCCACUUCAUUGAGAUGCUACUUGCCAGGACAAGAAUC